CCACAGCUGGACGUUGGUGUGAGCCGGCAGAGAGCGAGGACAGCCUGAUGAGAGUCUAAAGCUGCAGUAGAGUCGAGGUGACAGACAUGAGGAACCUGGACCAGUAUGGACGAAUUCACCUGGAGAGUCUGGUCUGUGCAGGAAUGUCCAGUCUGGUGUUGGUUCUACUGGGACUGCUGGGCUCGGUCCACGGCUGUCCUGGUGUCUGCACCUGCUAUGGUAACACCACUGACUGCUCCGCUGUCGGCCUUCUCUCUCUGACGCCCAUCCUGGUACUGGUGGACCAGGACUCUCUGAUCCUCCGCCUACCCCAGAACAACCUCUCCUCCCUGGGCACGACUGAAUUGUCGAACCUCAGCAGCCUGGAGCUCCUGGAUCUUUCCCAGAACCACUUUUCCACCCUACAGCCUGGAGCUUUUUCUGGCCUGAGCAGCCUGCGCUGGCUCAAUAUCUCUGCUAACUACCUCGGGGUGCGCCUGGCAACGGCUGACCCCAACAGCAGCACAGAGGUCCAGCAGGGCUUGAAUGGAAGUCAAGGGAGCGUUGGCCUGAGCAAGGAGGCUUUCAAGGGGCUGUGGCGGCUGCGAGGGCUCGACCUGUCCUCCAAUGGCCUCCUGUGGCUGCCCAAGGGCCUGCUGGAUCCGCUUCCGAGACUCGCCUGGCUGUCCUUGGCCAGCAACCGGCUGGUGGCCCUUGACAGAGUCACCUUCGAGCCCCUGGUGGGGCUACAGCAGCUCCAGCUGGCGGGAAAUCCCUGGGAGUGCGACUGCAAGCUGAGAGACUUCAAGCACUGGAUGGAGUGGUUGAUUUACAGGGAUGGGCAGGUAGAUGCAUUGCAGUGCAGUCUCCCUGGGGAUUUGAAGGGCAGGGAUAUCCGCAGCGUGCCAGCAGAGAUGUUCAGCUACUGCCUGCAGAGUCCGACCAAAGAGGGCGCAUCAGGUUAUGCCACCCGGCCUCCCUGCCCGCCUGGCCGGGUCAGCAGCAACGAGGAAUGUGUUCGCCAGCGGUACCGGCCCGUCAGUGUCCGCCGAGCACACGGCACGCAAAUAGUUGCGGGUGUGAUUUGUGGCACAGUGUGUGUCAUGAUGGUGGUCGCAGCAACUUACGGCUGCGUCUACGCCUCGCUGAUGGCGCGGUACCAGAGGGAGAUGAAGAACCGUGGCCAGCCCCUGAUGGCUGAGUCCGGAGCCGAGACAGACCUGGAGGACGGGCAAAUGUCAUCUCCGAACUCGCCAAAGGAGACGCUGCCCAAAGAGGCCUGCAGCAUCGUGCAUGGGUAUCGAAUCAGCAGCUUCUGACCCACUGCUUUUUACUGAUUUCAGAUCCUUCCGGGCCGCUCUGACUGCUUCUGCUCUCAUCAUUGAUGACACAGCGUCUGCAGAGAGAAACCCUGCAGCUCUGUGAUUGUGCUGAAAAUCUCUGGGCGGGCACUGAUUGUACAGCUAAUGGACCGGACUAGAUUCAGUGAAACUGGAAUGCUGCAGCACUUCUUUUAAUGUAUGGAUGCUCUGUGAAUUGUUGUUCCCCGCGCUGCAUCUCUCAGCCAGCUUUUAAAUUCCUCUGAAGCUGCUGUUUGGCACUUCUGCACCUCGACUUCCCUUCAUCUGUGUUUUUGAUUCUUCUUUAGAAAUAUGAAACUACCUUUUUGUUCAAGCUGUCUGUCUUUGUAUGUGAGCCCAACAAGCACAAGCUCCAAAACUACAAAAGUACAAAUGUCUGUGAAUCUGUGAAAUGUGACAUUUCUCCUGUUGUUUGUUGCACAAAUGCUCCUUAUACUUCUUGAUCAGUUGUGUAUUUUAUUUAUUUGUGUUAUCUUUAACGCCCCCACUUUGAGAAAUUAUUCUUUGUACCUCUGUUACGUGGAUGGCCUGUUGAAUUCCCUCCAAAAACCAGACACUUUAAACCAUGUUAAGAGCUCUACUGCUGUCAGAGAAGUGUUGUUUUAAGCCUAAUCACCGAGUUACAAUGCAUUCAAACAAUACUAGAGCUGUACUGCCACCUAGAGAAAAAAGCUUUGAGCUACAACUACUUUCAGUCCAGCACAAACAAACUCUCAAGCUCUAUGACAAACAGGUAAAACAACAAUUAUUCCCACCAUAGCAAAGUUUGAGAUACUGACUGAAAAUGUGUGAGGGUAUCACCCCACAUAUACUGCAAAUGCCAUGUGUUUUGAUUUAUUUAGUCCAUAUUUUCUGUGAUAUGCACAUGAAACAUUGUCUCAAAUUCAACUCAAGGACUGUUAAUCAUGCUGAAGAUAAUAAAAUCUAUUUAUCUAAA